GGGGGGCACCAUGUGAGUUCUGGGGGGGGCACAUGGUUAAGGGUCCUUUUAGGGGGGGUUACAUCCAGGGAUGGGGGUCCAUGGAGGGAGGAGGGACAUGUGAGACCUUUAUUGUUGGGAGGGGACAUGUGGCAAUAGACAUUUGGAGAAACUGGGUUCUGUGGGGUGAUCCCAGGAUCUGGGUUCCAAAUCUGGGGGGUGGAAAUCCCACACCUUUUCCCAUAUAGAUUUCCCACAAGCUCCCUGUACACCCCUGGGGUCAUGCAGAAGAAUCUGGACGUGUCCAGGGGGGUCCUGGGGGCGUCCAGGGGGGUCCUGGCAAAGCUGGGGACACCUUUCACGUCACCCUGGUGGUGAUGCAUCCCAGAGUUGGGGAUGGGAGUUAUUUAGGUGCUUGGAACAGUGCAUCCAUCGGCCUUGAGGAAGAACUUAAGCGAGGCAGAAGGAGCUGGAGGAACAAGAAGAUGGACACCACCUGGAGAUGCCACCAUGGCACAAUGUAACCAUGAAGGGCCAAUGGCAGGACUGGUGCUGGGCAGCCUGGGCUGAUAGCACCAAUGAGGUUCUGACAAGUGGACUCUGGAGGGUAUAUAAGAUACUGUUGAGGCACUGGGUGCCAUUUUGUAGCAUCCUGCGUGUGGGUGUCUGUGGUGCGAUGGUCCCAGCGAGGAGAGCUGGCGGGUAGAGCAAGGAAAGAUCGCUAGCCCCUGCAGUGAGGGACCUGUAAUGGCGGCGUGUCUGCGGCAAGUGGUGCCCGGUGUGAGGAGCGUGUGGCUGCUGUCCCUGCCGUGUGAGGGUCGUCUGACUGCAGUCCCUGCUGUCCCUUGGAAUAGCUGAGCAGUGGCCACGAUGGACUCGGUGAUCAAGGUACUGUUACAGCUGGGGAGGGAUGAUGGCGGUAAAGAUACGCCUUCUGAGAAGGAAAUCAGCACCGUGGUGUGCCGGUUCGAACGGGAGGGGGUCUGUGCGGACCGUUUUGAUGAUGUUUUGAAGCCCCGCAAACGGGACGAGAUUUCUCUCGCCCUUGCGCAGCAUGCAGCGACUGCGCGAAAGGCAAACGAGCUGAAAAUACGGGGCUUGCUGCUAGGAAUGCUUGGAACAGCUAUAGAAGAAGGGGAGGCAAACGGAGCUGCCCGGCAGCCUCUUGGUGCUGCCCCGUCAGACUCGUACAGAAGGAGCGCUCUGCAGUGCGAAGGGCAGGCGGGGGAGGCGGGGGGGAAUGUUUCCUGUCGGGAUCCAGAGGCUGCGACACAGCCCUCUGCGCCCCCGGGAAGCGUCUGUGCGCUUGAAGGAGUUCUGCCGCCGUACCGCGACCCAUCCCCCGCCCGUGGAGCUUCUGCGGUUCGAGGAGCUCUGCCCCCAUACCCCGACCCAUCGCUGCCGCUGCCACCACGAGCGGAGCGUCCUUGUGCUGAUGGCAGGGCGUGUGGCGCUGCUCGUGGCCGCUGCGGAGAUGACAAGGAGGGCAGAACGAGCAGGGACGGUGAUGGUGACGGGGAAAGGAGUUACCAGGGUGGCGGAAAGGGUGGAUUGACGGACUGGGGAAAGUGAGAUGUGGUCUGGUUGAGGAGGGGUGAUCGUUGGAUGCUGUCCCGGUCGUAAUUGGCGAUAGGGGAAGCCGCGAGCGGGUUUCCCUCGAUCCAAAAGGAGCGACCCGCUGAUUAGAUCGUGUGGACAAACGGGGCUCAAUUCGCCCCUCACUCGGGAUGCUUUGGAGGCUCUGACAUCCGUGGGUCCCCUCCUCCGUCGUGAUGUCACCAAUUGGAUGCGUGUGGUGCCGUCCCCUGUGCAAUCCACUUCAUGACGGUCCACGCAGUGGAUGACGAGCCUUCGGGCAGUACUUGCGGCUGCUGAAGGGGACCCCCAGCACCCGUUCCAUGAUUCCUCCUGCUGCGUUUGGCAGGGAUGGCCGGGGGAUGGGAACUCCCCAGGCACGAGCAGCUAAGCUCAGAGCGGGGCAGCUUCUAGCAGGCGCCGAUGCCGGGAUCCAGGCAUUGCAGAGGGCGGCUGGGGGGCGGAGUCAGCGGAUCGUGGGAGCGAAGGGAGUCCGAGUCCGACAGUCAGCGGCGUGUGGAGUGGCGGCUGUCAGCUCUCAGCAGCCUCAGAGCUGCGUGACGGCUGUGGGCAGGCAGGCCGCUUGAAGGCAAACGGCCCCGUUGGGCGCGGGGUGAGGGGCCCGUUCCUUUGAGGUGUUUGUAGCAAUGGUCAUGGUGUUCUCUGUUUGGCUGCAACUCUGACUAAAUGGAAUCGAAUGAUGAAGGAAAAUACAGAAGCUGGUAUUCUCUGGGCAAAUUUGCCUGCCAAAUCCACCUUUAGCAGAAGAAAGAUGUGGUUUUUCAGAACUCAGGAGAGCUGUACCCGCAAACACUACAGGCAUAUUUGAUGAGCUUGCAUUCCCCUUCCGUUGAAUCAAAAACCUGGGCUAAGAAGGAAUGUUCCAUGUAGGGAGAAGAAGAUGAUAGAACGUGUUCCUUUCAAGGCUCGCUUGGGAAAUGUCAGGUCUUUCUGAAGGCACCAUUCAGCCACGGGCCUUUUUUGCCAAGAAAGUAACAAGACAGGCAGCGCUGCAGAACUGAGUAUUCUCCAUGGAUUUACUCAUCGCCUGAACUAGACUGUGGCAAUUGUCUUCAUGAUCAUCAGCAUAUAGUUAAAA